CUGGAAUGCUUCCAAACGCUAAAAAUUCCACCAAAUUAAAUUUGCGUCUCACCCCGAGACAUAAGGUUUACGAUAACAAUCGUGAACCAUUGACAUGAAACAAAACAUGUCGAUCGCCCAUCAGCCAGAGCCCCGCGCUGGCAUAUCGAUCAACCGAAUCUAUCUACUGUUCUACAACGCUGUUUGUGCUUCACUAUGGUUCCGCAUCCUAAUUACCUUGAUCUUCACGCUGGUAUCAUCGCCCGACGCCUCCGUUGUAUACACAAAUCUUGAACCCUGGACACGUUUUACUCAAACUUUGGCUGUUGUGGAGAUUAUCCAUGCAGCAUGUGGAAUCACACGUUCACCUGUCUUCACUACCUUCACUCAAGUCUUUGCCCGCUCAACUCAGGUCUGGGCUGUGAAUUAUGCGUUUCCCGAAGCAACAUCUCCAUCGCGCGCUUACGCAGCUAUGCUACUCGCGUGGUCAACUGCAGAUGUCAUUCGGUAUGCAUACUUUGCGACAAUGUUAGCCGGGUUGAAUAACACCGGAAUUUUGAAAUGGCUCAGAUACUCGCUCUUUGUGAUCCUCUACCCAGUUGGAAUUGGAAGUGAAUGGUGGUUGAUGUACAAUGCUACCAAGGUCACUGGUAAUAUGGCAGUAUUAGCCGUGUUCUAUUUCUUCCUAGGGUUAUAUGUUCCUGGCUCGGUGAUGAUGUAUAAGUAUAUGCUGAGGCAGCGCAGAAAGACUCUCGCUUGAUAGACAGAAUGAGAUAUGCAACCUUUAGCUUGGCCAAGUAGGAACGAUGAGUGAAUUUACGUUCUAGGUAGGAAAACCAUUAAAGGUUUUCUUUGGCCAAAUAUCGGAAAGGGACAACACACAUGAGAUUUGAGUAAAGAAAUGACGCAUGGUUGAAUUGAUUUGUUACGGUCUGGGAAAAAUAUACUGUAUCAUAUUAAUCUUUGUAUCUGAGCUAGGAUCAUGC